GCCCGACCAAUAUCAUCGUCAUAGUCCAGGAAACCACUAAUGAUGUCAAUUUCAACAGAUUUGUCAAAUUUAAAAUUUUCCCUUCCGUUGCGAUCGUAGAAUCUGUAAAUUUCCUGUGUGCUAUUGUUAAUUCCAAAAAAAACUUCCUUAAAACAGCAAAAUUUAAAUACCAAAAAAACAAACACAAUUAAUACCUUGCCUCAUCCACUUCCCACUUACCACAUCACAUUUCCACAUCCCCACUUUCUCUCUCUACACGCUGAUCUCUUUCUCUCUCCUCCAUUUUUCUAUCUCCUCCAUUUCCAUUUUCAUGGCGAUUAUGCUUGAUUCUCUCCUUCUUCCUCGAGCUUCAGCUUUUCCUUCUGCUAUAUUAUCUCCGAUUUCUACUUCAUCUUCUUCCUCAGUUUCUUCUCUCAAAUUACCUGAGUUCAGAGGCUUGAAGAUCAGCUCCGAUUUCUCGACACGUGCUGUUAGAUCGGUUAGUUCGCUCGCUAGAAUCGUUCCUCGUUCUGGUCGAAUCGUUUGCGAGAGCUCUGAUACUGCUUUUCAAUUGCCUUCUGUAAAUGAAGAAACCUGGAAAUCUUUAGUCCUGGAAUCUGAUUUGCCUGUCAUGGUUGAAUUCUGGGCUCCAUGGUGUGGACCUUGCAGAAUUGUCCAGCCUGUAAUUGACGAGUUAUCGAAGGAGUUUGCUGGUAAGCUGAAGGUGUUCAAAGUGAACACUGAUGAGAGUGCAACCAUCGCUUCUGAUUAUGGUGUCCGAAGCAUUCCCACAGUUAUAAUCUUCAAGAAUGGCGAGAAGAAAGAAGCAAUUAUUGGUGCUGUUCCCAAGUCUACUUUAACCUCCAGCAUAGAAAAGUUCUUGUGAACGUGAUGUAGUGGAUGCCUAUGCGGGAUUCAAACUUUUCUAGUGUUUCAUUUUUGUCCUUUUUUCAUCAGGUAUUAUAUGGUAAUGCAGUGCUAGAACAAUAAAUUUCUGGUGAUCCUGUAUAGUUGAUGCUAUUGUAUUUGGGUUCCUUGGAAGAUCAAGUUAAAUUUUCCGUAGUUGUGGAUACAUUUGUAUCUGUUCUUAUUUUUGGUCUUGCCUUGCCUAUACAUGCUUGCUAACAAUCUACCAUGUUUUCUUGGAUCCAGAUAUAAUGGGAUAUGGCAAUUGUUUUAUGAA